AUGGGAAUUGACCAAAUUCUGCCCCAUUUGUGGAUAAGCGAUCGAAAGGCUGCCUCAAAUAAGCGAGUUCUCGGAAAAUACGAAAUUGCUGAAAUUCUAACUGUUUGCUUGGAUCCAAUUUCUUGGACGAAACAAUACGGGCACAUCAGAUAUCAUCACAUCGCAUUAGACGAUGAACCAAUGGAAAAUAUUCUCACUCGAUUGGAGGAAUUGUUGAGUAUUCUGGAAGAAGCAAUCUCUUCAAAUCGGAGCAUUCUGGUGCAUUGCGAGGCGGGAAUCUCUCGAAGUGCCGCCGUUUGUUGUGCAUAUGUGAUGAGAAGAAACUCGUGCUCCACCAAAGAGGCGCUCAAUCAUGUGAGAUCCUCUCACUGGCAAUGCCAUCCAAAUGAAGGAUUCAUCAAACAACUCGAAAUAUUUGAGAAACUUUUGUGGAAAGCUGACGAGAAGACGUUGGAAGCGAGUGAGAAUUAUGGUAAAUGGCUCACCGCAAAUGGAAAAACCCGGCAAAAUGGUAGAAUUAAAGGAGAAGCUAACAAAAAUCAAAGGGACGGCGAUGAUGCU